AUGCCGAAAAAGAAGAAAUCCCAGGUCAGCCUGGCGAGCGAGGACGUCAAGGGAGAAAGCUCACCAGCAGCAAGCGUUCCUGCGUCUCCAGAUCCUCAGUCGCCGCGGCCGCCGCUGCAAGGAUCCGGAGCGAAGAAAGGAGGUGAGAAGAGCAAACAGGCGCAGCCCUCGACAUCGGCACUCAUCAUAUGUCGGAACAAUAACUAUGCCUCCCCGCGACCUCAUCCCAUCGACCCCGCUGUGUUCUUCGACAUCGUCAAGAUCCGCCGCUCCAUCGAGGAAGCCACCGACCUCGCCGUCCGAGCUGCGAACGGGACCACCUCUUCGGCGCUGGGGAAUUCGCUCAAUGCCUCCAAUGGCAUCCUGAGCGGCGGAAGCAGCGCGGUGCUCGGACUAGGGAUAGGCGGGGGCAGUGGGCACGCGAAACUGAGCCGCGAGCGACGACAUCGCAUGCGGGAGCACGCGACGCAGAAGCUCGCCAAGGCGUACCGGCUGGACGAGAUCGCGGCGAGUGUGGCGACGAUGCAGUCUGCGUCUGCGCUCGAGGAGGUGGCCAAGCUGGUGCUGCAGCGGAACGAGUACGACUGCGAUGCCCAGUAUGUGCAUUUUUUCCAUGAGAAGAUUCCGUCUCGGUCGUUGGCGCAGUGUACGAGCCUGGAGCCGCUGGAUGAGAUCAUUGCUACACGGCCGCGGGAAGGGUCGACGUUCAGGACAAGAGCGGUGACGAGGGUGUUUAAAGAUGAUUAUACCGGUGCUGCGAGGGAUCUUACGGAAGGGCUGAGCGUGUUCCGUCUAUACAUGACUCCACACGUAGAAGGCAAGGGUGAGGCUGAGCUGUUCGCCGCUAGGAAAGAAAAUGAACCGCGGACCAUGGAUAUCCGGGUGGAAUUGAGGGUGGAUGAGAAGGAUCAGCCCACGGGCUUGGAGACGCAGCUAUUGUUCCAUCGGGCCGGUGUAUAUCUGAGUAUCGCCUGUCAGCACAUCAAAUCUGCCUUGGAUGAUCUAAAGCUGUCUCAGAAGGAACGCAUCCCUAAGCCAGAGCCCUACAACGAAGGCGCCAGCUCCCCGUCGUUGUCCCCUGCUGGAAAGGAGGCAUACCGUCGGUGGCUGGAGGCGCGCAAGAUUAUAAAGACAAAUGCCCGACGUGCCCUUCGUGACUACAUGAGCUUUCUGUCGCACUUUGACUAUACGCCAGGCCUUUCUUGUGAAGUAGCCGAAGCAUUCCUACGCAAGGUCAACUAUACGUCAUCUGGAAAUUUCGGAAAGCCACGCCGGCCGCGGACCCAUCCAAGCCGUCUGCUUGAGUCUGGGGACGGCAGCGAGGAUAUCCCCGGACAGAACGGUCAUUCGUCUCUGCCUUCCACUACGGUAUAUAAAGUCUCCGAGCUCUUUUCUGCGCAACCUCCGCCGGACCUCCCUCCUUUCCCCGCCGAAUCCCAGGAACUGGUUUCCGCAGCCCAGGCACAUGGCGGCGACAGCGAUGAUCACUCCUCUCACGAAGCUGUCACUUAUCACCCCCUCCUGACCGAUGCACUCCACUCACUGCUUCUAUGCCACGCACUCGUCCAGACGUCUUCAAAAGAACUUCUUCGCCAUGCCUACAUGGCUGCCCGGGUCGCCCGGGUCUGCGACGGAUAUCCGAUCUUUCUAGCCCCGCGGUCUCCCUCCCGUGCAGACUGGAUGGAAGUGAUCAGUCACGUAGAUAACUGGAUCGAUUUGAAACAGCCGUGGGAGUCUCUCUGCGCGCCAGCACCCAUUUCCCAGGGGCAAGGGAUCGAGAAGAUUGGCCUCACGGAGGAGGAAGAGCGGGAGAAUCGGAAACAUGAAGCGAUCCUGGAGGCACUGGGAGACGACCGGGUGUUCGAUGAGGCAACCUUCCGGGCUGUGGUGCAGGCGCGCGAGAAGCGGAUGGAGCAGCAGCAGCAGCAGCAGCGAAAGGCGAGUGGGCAAGGCGGUGGCAGCCCUGUGAUCAAGCGCUGGGCGCAGGAGGAUGGGAAGGAGUAUCCUAUCUGUACGGAGCGGGCGGAGGGCAUUAUUCGGUGGAUCCAGGAGGCUCCUCUCUCUACAGGUGAAGGACGAGCAAAGGGGAAGAAGGGGAAGAAGAAAAGGUCCUCCAAGGGUGAUAACGAGACUCCCGCUGAAAUCAUGACGUCGAGAGAAGACAGCUUCCAAGAUGCGGAUUGA